GAGGCAAGAGCAGCGAGUCACACAGCACAGCGCUGAAGCUCCGCGAAGCUUUGCUCUCCGGCCCCGCAGUUGGCCCCAGGGCGCCCAGGCUGCAGCUGCCUUUGGAAGUACCUCUCCUGCAGCUAUGGAGAAAACUCAUGCAGCUGCAUUUCUUCUUACCAUGAAUUCUUCAGAAAAACAAGAGACUGUGUGUAUUUUUGGAACUGGAGAUUAUGGAAGAUCCCUGGGACUUAAAAUGCUCCAGUGUGGUUAUUCUGUUGUUUUUGGAAGUCGAAAUCCCCAGAUGUCCAGUCUGCUGCCCAGCGGUGCAGAAGUCUUGAGCUAUUCAGAAGCAGCCCAGAAAUCUGACAUCAUAAUUUUAGCAAUCCACAGGGAGCAUUAUGAUUUUCUCACGGAAUUAACUAACAUUCUCAAUGGGAAAAUACUAGUCGACAUCAGCAACAAUCUCAAAAUCAAUCAGUAUCCAGAAUCUAAUGCAGAGUAUCUUGCUCAAUUGAUGCCAGGAGCCCUCGUGGUUAAAGCUCUAAAUACCAUCUCGGCUUGGGCCCUCCAGUCGGGAGCACUAGAUGCAAGUCGGCAGGUAUUUGUUUGUGGAAAUGACAGCAAAGCCAAGCAAAGAGUGAUGGAUAUUGUUCGUACUAUUGGACUUACUCCAUUGGAUCAAGGAUCACUCAUGGCAGCCAAUGAAAUAGAAAACUACCCCCUGCAACUAUUUCCAAUGUGGAAAUUCCCCUUCUAUUUGUCUGCUGUUCUGUGUCUCUUCUUCUUUUUCUACUGUGUCGUAAGAGAAGUAAUCUACCCUUAUGUUCAUAACAUGGAAGAUAACACAUUUCGCAUGGCUAUUUCCAUCCCAAAUCGUGUCUUCCCAAUAGUAGCACUUACACUGCUUGCCUUGGUUUACGUCCCUGGUGUUAUUGCCGCCAUUCUGCAACUGUACCGAGGUACAAAAUACCGCCGAUUCCCAGACUGGCUUGACCACUGGAUGCUUUGCAGGAAGCAGCUUGGCUUGUUGGCACUUGGAUUUGCUUUCCUUCACGUCCUCUAUACACUUGUGAUUCCUAUUCGUUAUUAUGUUCGAUGGAGGAUAAGAAACCUAACAAUUACCCAGGCAACAUUUAAGAAAGAAAAUCCAUUUAUUGCCUCUUCUGCUUGGCUCAGUGAUUCCUAUGUGGCUUUGGGAAUCCUUGGAUUUUUCCUGUUUGUGCUUUUGGGAAUCACUUCCUUGCCAUCAGUUAGCAACAUGGUCAACUGGAGAGAAUUUCGAUUUGUUCAGAAAUCAGUUGGUCAGAUGUCAGGAACACGGUCAAAGGGAAGCCUGUGCUGCACUUGAAAGGAGUUAAUGAAGGAUUCUGGCUGCCUGGGGUCUGCACCACAGCCCUGGAGCUAAGAGCUUCUUCAGGGGCUUGCUGGCCUCCAGCCUGGCUGCACAUUAACAUUGCUGAAGGAGGGAUUAUGGAGACCACCCCUGAGGAGAGAAAACCUAUACUGUGAAAAAAACAAAUAAGGAUAUAAAAUAAUGGUAUGUCUUUAAGAAAAAAACAAUCAUCCUUUCUCAAAAUAAAUACAUGAGGUAUCAGUCCUGAUACCUGCUCUUCUAUAGUCUGCCCCCCAACAGCCACCAGUCUGUGUCCUGGAGAGAGCAGCAGCUGUGUCAGGCAGAACUGGAAUCAUGGACUGAGCUCUGCUCUGUGUUUGAUCCGAGCGUUGUUUUAGCCUCCGUGGGCACUAGCUCUGUCACCAGUGAAAUGACGAGAGACCUGUACUGGGGGCAGUUCACAACCUCAGGCCUGAAGAUGAACCUGCCAGGCAGAAGCCUGGUGCCCACAAAGGGUGGGUGCUGCUUUCAAACACACCCGAAUAAAGCUGCAUCCGAUAACCUCGCAGGAUACGACAGAGACCAUGCACUCACUCAGACCCGCUUUCACCGUGAUGAAAAUGUUGACUUACUAGGCGUGUGACUGAAUUUUAUCAUCUUGGUGUGGUAUCUCUGGGCAUCUCUUAUAUUUCUCAUUGGCAAGUAGAUAGGACUUUGCUUAAUAUAAACAUUAAUGUAAUGUACAUUAAUGUAAUCAAAUAUCACAUGAGUGUGGCCUGCUGCUGGUUAGAUGGAAGCCUUCAAAAAAUGAAGUUUAUGAAGAAAAUGCUCCAAAACACUAGCGAAAAUGUUUAGUGGGGAAAUUUUGAGUAUUGUUGCCCUGAUGGUUCCCUUUUUUUAGUUUAGAUAUGUGCGGAGGACUCUAGCUCUGUGAGAACUGAGAGAUGCGAGGGUUUGUGUGGAAUGUGUCAGUCUUUGCCUGAUCUUUCUUUUGCUCAUCUGUGCAUAUAGCAUUUUUCCCUGGCAUUUAUUUUAUCCAACCAAGUGCCAUGGACUAUAAACACAGAAAUCUUACAAGUGGACAGAAGUCAGUGUAUAAAAGUCUUUCCAGAGUGAAAUAUUGUGUGUCAGGUUGAUCUAUGACCCUCUACUUAUAGGAACAGCAAAGGAACAAGGAGAGGAAAUGUGGAAGGUAAAAAGGCAAUUCUCUUUACUAGAUCUUAACCUAUGAAGGAAGAAAUUUUUCCUGUAUUAAUUGAGACUAAAGGUAACCUGUUUCUACUCUAGUUGAAACUAACUUGGAAGUUAAGAGCAGGGGCUCCUGAGCCAGGCUGCUUAGAUUCAAAUCCCAAUGUGUUGCUUAUUAGCUGCCUAAUAUUAGGGACAUUCUUUAGCCACUCUGCCUCAUUUUCUCAAUUAUAGAACAGAGAUAAUUGAGCAUAUCUCUUGAGACUCUUGUGAGAAUAAUUAGCAUGUACUUAGACUAGUGCUCAGUACUUAGGAAAUACUGCAGUGUUUGCAUUCAUUAGAAGGUUAAACACUGAUUCCAAAAUUACACUAUUAAUCUGAAUGUAUUUAAAUUAAACACUUCUUUCCAAACUUAGGUAAUGUGACAUGGUUAAGAACAAAUGACACAGUUAAAGUACAGCCAAGUGGCAUCUUCCUCUGGUAGGAAGUGCUGGGUAAAGAGUUAUUUAACCUUUCCCCUACCUCACAAGUGUACCUGGACAUGCCACGGUCUCCCAGAAGGGAUUCUGAGGACACCAGAGCUCAUUCAGUCUAUGGAAAGAGCUGGGGUGUCAGUGGGGUACAGUGCUUCUUCAACCAUCCUGUUAUACUUGAGACUGAAUCAUUUCUUCAGAAACUCCCAAAAGAGCAGUUGUACGUGGAGGACACACACUACAGAAUCAGGUGGGCUUCUCAUAUCAUUGGUAACAAGGGAGACAAUCCUGUUAGUGCCAGAGUGUGUAUAUCAGGAGAAAAUAGUGCACCCCAAAGUCCUAUUCCACAGCAUAGGAGUGGGAGAGGAGCACGACCUCCGUGGAGGAUGUCUUUAGUAAAAACAAAAACAAUGCUUGUUUUGUCUUUCCCAGUGUAAGGAAUGAAUGGGAAGUCACACUAUUAUAUUAGAUGGUUAUAAAUUACAGAUGCGAUCAAAAAGACUUGGCUUUAAAUUAUGACUAUUACUUGCAAAGUUGUGAUCAGGAACAGAUUACUUAUCUCUCCCGUUUAUCAACUAUGCAUUAAAACUUGUACGUACCUCAAAGGUUUCAGAGUAAUAAUGUGGUUGAUGGUUGUAACAGAAAUUUACUGAGGGCCUGUUCAAUCCACAUCUAACUUCCCAGCAGGGAAAUACAAUUAAAAAUGAUUGUCAGCGCUGUUGUGUUGGUAUCUGCUACCUUCAAAGUAGAGCUACCUAUAAUAGACACAAAAUGCUGUAAGUGAUUGCAUGUACGAGGCAUUAACUCAUCUCAUCCAUACAACCUCAGGAGUUGACUUUACAGAUGAGGUAAUUAUGGCACUGAGGUCAAGUAGCAUGCUGGAGUAUUCACAAAUAUUAAUACCAAAGUCAGGAUUCUGAGGACAACAUAUUCAGAGUCUGAGUGCUUAACCCUCCACAGUGCUGCUGACUAGUGUCUGUGCAGCUCUCACAAAGGUGCGCUGAGGAGCAAAAGCAUGGUGCACAUAACACACAAGUAGAAGCUAAGCACCCAGUGCAGGUCAUGGUCCAGUUUAUAAAGAAAGUCUCCAUGGGUUGUCCCAAACCAAAUGACUCUGAAUCUGGUGACCUUUAAAAGACAAAUAAUCUUAAUACCUUCUAGAUUGUACCACUGAUCCAAUUUCAAAAAAAAAAAAAAUCAAAACCACUAUUGGUAUGAAAGAAUUUGAAUGUGGUGUUGACCAUAUUGCAGCAAAUGCUGACCACUAUUGUAGCAGGUUUUCAUUGUUUCUUGCUUUGUACUCUCAAUUAAAUUUCAUCAAAUUAAAGUACACA